UGUCACGUGCAUCCUACCACAGAUGUGUUACGUAAAUGCACAUACCUGUACAUGUAACACAGCCUAGCGGACAGUACACCCGGAGACCAGGAACGAUGUACCCCUGUUUCCCUGUCGUUGUAAUGGUAUGCUGUUGUGCAGGUCUAUGGACAGGUACUUCCGGUUCAUCAAUAUCGCGCAAGGCUUCGUCAUUCAAGUUACACGAACUGUCCCAGUACCGGCAAUUCGGUGACAGGACUUUUAGUACCGAUGUUCCCACGACCACAGCUACCACGCCAACGCAAGUGCCAUUGCAAUACCAACACUGGGUCGAGUGUCCAAUACUGGAGAAACUGCUCGAUAAGCGCAUGAAGGGGUUCCCGGAAGUGACGAAUGCAAUAGAUUCAUUUCAGAUUCCCAACAUGACCUUUAAAACGGCAUUACAAAGAGCUGCGAACACCUUUGCCUAUAUCCAGAAUCCCGGUUUAACCAUGGAUCUGUUAAUUGGUGACUUGGCGCGAAUAAUCUUGGAUAAAAGGGGCAAUUGUACUGUGACAAUGUACCAGAGGGUGUUUAUUUAUGCAAUGUCGAAACAAUUGGAUGCCAUGAUGCGUACUGACGAUAAGUCCAUGUUGAGUCAAGUCGUGAAGAUCGUAGUUCGACAUUUCCCGUCAAGACAGGAUAUGGUGAUGCUGUGUCCACACAUCGUGCAUGGCGUGCACGAGACUGUGUUCAAAGAGAUCGUUGUCACUCUUCAACGGCUAGAGUUCCGAUAUUUAGACUGGUUGUUGCAUAUCGUCAGAACUAAAACCCAAGAAGUUUUUGAUACAAGUGGACAACUGUCUUCCAAUGACCUCGCAAAUAAAAUGUGGGGUAUACUAAGUCAAUUUCUUGGUAUAUUCCCGGAGGUACUAAAGUGCACUUCGGCGAAUGACUUAAUUGGUAUCCAUAAGAUUGUUGCUAGCCAUUUCUCUGAUCAUUAUUUUAAAAUGCUUAAGACUGGAUACAUCUCCUCUCGCGUGAUCGGUGACCUUGACCUUCUGUUUCGACUCCCCUUUAACGGUCUCACCAGUCCAAUAGACAUGGAUGACCCGAAGGUGGACUUGAUGUUGAAGGAUCUGGAGAGCAUUAUCUUGGACUACGCCACUGAAGUCAUGAACAAGACAGAGGCAUACGAACAAAGUUUGACAUUGGUGGGCGUCAAAGAGCCCCCCGAACUUCUACUGAGUAUUCUCACGCCAAGUGAAGUAGCAGACACCAUGACACUAUUUACACGUGCAUUUGGCUCGGUCCCAUCACCAACAGAUGCGGGCAUAGUUUACAGUCUUGCAGACACUUUAACUCAAGGAAAACGAGAACUUUCUGAUCUCUUAAACGUCAUUGAUGACAUGGAACGAAGCAAUUCUACAGAACAACACAUCAUUGUUCAGAUGUCGAAUAUCAUUGGCAACAAGACUACCUUUCUCAACCGUUUGGAAAACCAGCUCCAGAAUAAGCCAUAGCAUAGCAAUGGACUCAAUCUUUGAAAUGUAUACUUAAUAUAUUAAGUUUUGAGAAAAUAAAUACUUAAAUAGC